UCAAUGUCAGUCGGUUUUCUUUCGUCUCGCCGGUUGGUCGCACUUUUUUUUACAUUUAUAUCGAAACAACGUGCAUGCGCAGAAAUCCCCACGAAGAUUUGAUUUAGUGGACCUUGAUGCGACAGUUAUCCUGCCAGCGUAUAUCUCGCCGAUAUAGGUGUAUAUUACAAUCCGGUCGCUUUUUGCGCUGCUGUUAUCCAAGUUUCUGAUGUGAGCAGCAGAGCUGAAAAGCGCGAAAUUCGCUGAGCGAAAACUAUUUAACAACCGUAAGUUGCACGGUCGUGAUUAGUCUCGUGGCGCUGCUCGAAGGCAAAAGAAGCAACCAGGCGUUACGGUGGAUCGAAAUUCGAAUAAUAAUACGGCAGUGAUCAAAUCGAGUGAUAAAUGCAAACAACGCAUAUUGACGUGAUAAACAAGUGGCAAGAAUAAACAAAACAUUUUGGUCAAAUUGAAAUCUUCGCUUCGCGCCCGCAACCUUGCGAGAAUCUCAACAUAUUUUGCGACAUCAGGAAACAACAGUCUUUGUCGCAAUAUGGCCUCUCCAGCGAAUCCAUCGAGCAAUCACAAAAUGAACGGAAAUGGUAAAAUCUACUGCGAGGGCAAUCUGCUGCACACCAUCCAAACGGCAGUGCCCAAACUAUUUGCGGAUUCGAAAACGUUUGUGGACAUGAAGCUGAACAAUUCGCCCGACAAGACCCUCGAGGACUUUAAUGCCAUGAUGGAGGCCAAGAAUCAGACGCCAAGCAGUGAGGAUCUCAAGCAGUUUGUCGAUAAGUACUUCAGUGCACCGGGCACCGAGCUUGAGAAAUGGACGCCCACCGACUGGAAGGAGAAUCCCAGUUUCCUCGACCUGAUCUCCGACCCAGAUCUGAAGCAAUGGGGCGUCGAGCUGAAUAGCAUUUGGAAGGACUUGGGACGCAAAAUGAAGGACGAGGUGUCAAAGAAUCCCGAAUACUACUCAAUCAUUCCCGUGCCAAAUCCAGUGAUCGUGCCCGGCGGUCGUUUCAUUGAGUUCUACUACUGGGACUCCUACUGGAUCAUCCGUGGACUUCUCUACAGCCAGAUGUUUGACACCGCGCGCGGCAUGAUUGAGAACUUCUUUUCCAUUGUCAAUCGGUUCGGUUUUAUUCCAAACGGCGGUCGAGUCUACUACCACGGUCGCUCCCAGCCGCCACUUCUAACCGGUAUGGUCAAGUCGUACGUGGACUUCACCAACGAUGACAAGUUCGCCAUCGAUGCCCUGGACACGCUGGAGCACGAGUUCGAGUUCUUUGUGAACAACCACAAUGUCACGGUGAAGAAUCACAGCCUGUGUGUGUACCGCGAUUCGUCGUCCGGACCGCGACCAGAAUCCUACCGAGAGGAUGUGGAGACCGGCGAGGAGUUCCCCACGGAUGAGGCCAAGGAACUGCAUUACAGUGAACUCAAGGCAGGCGCCGAAUCGGGCAUGGACUUUAGCUCGCGCUGGUUCAUCUCACCGACUGGAACCAAUGAUGGCAACCGGAGCGCUCUGAGCACCACCUCCAUUGUGCCCGUCGACCUGAAUGCCUAUCUCUACUGGAACGCCAAGUUGAUUGCCGAGUUCCAUUCCAAAGCGGGCAACACCAAAAAGGUCACCGAAUACGAGACCAAGGCCGAGAAACUCCUUCUGGGUAUCCAAGAAGUUUUGUGGAACGAGGAGGCCGGUGUCUGGUUGGACUACGAUAUGAUUAACCAGAAGCCUCGCGAUUACUACACGCCCACCAAUCUAUCUCCACUGUGGGUGAAGGCCUUCAACAUUUCGGAGUCCGAAAAGAUAUCGGCUUCGGUUAUGGCCUACAUUGAGAGGAACAAGCUGGACAGCUUCCCUGGCGGAGUUCCCAACACGCUGAGCUACACCGGAGAACAGUGGGAUGCCCCCAAUGUGUGGGCACCGAUGCAGUACAUCCUGGUCGAGGGCCUAAACAACCUGAACACUCCCGAGGCCAAGAAUAUGUCACUGAAGUGGGCCACCAGGUGGGUGAAGACAAACUUUGCGGCGUUUAGCAAGGACAGGCACAUGUACGAGAAGUACAACGCCGAUGAGUUCGGAGUUGGAGGCGGCGGUGGCGAGUACGAGGUACAGACUGGAUUCGGUUGGUCCAACGGUGUGAUCAUCGAGUGGCUGAGCAAGCACGGGCGCGACAUUUCCAUUGGAUCCGGUUGUGGCUGCCUAGCAGGUGAAAAGCGGCAGUAGAAAGAAUCUGUAGCCAGGCCAGAACGCAAUCCAUCAGACAUCAUUGUCAGCAUCAUCACAGGCUCGAAGCCAAAGCUUAUUCAAAAAAUUGUAUUUAGAUAUUUGUAUAUUAUUAAGGCUCCAAUCAGAAGCGCUCAUCAACUGCUCAUCCUUAGGCUAAGAAAAUGCUGUCUCUCUCGCUCUGCGCAAUCUUUAUACCUUUAAAAGCCGCUGUCUAUAACCAAUAUCUGUACCGCGAACCAUCGACAUCUCGAGCCAAGCACCACGAACCACAGCACCACAGUUACAGCACCGCCAGGAAUCAAGAUCUGAAGUCCGCCAUCCGUCGAGCAUCUGUGUACUGUCUGUUGUCCAUGUAGUAAACCACGUCCAGUCCACGUUUGCACACUCGUGUGACUUGUCCAAAUUCAAGAAAUAAGAACGCAAAGAACGCUAUCUAUCAAGUUGAGGAUUCACGAGUAAUCGUAUGAUGGGCAUCGUGGGCGUGGCAGCUGUCACUAUAGUUGCUCUGAUAGCAGGUCGUGUUCUAUGGCAAAGUUGGUUCAAGUAGAGAUGUGCGGCGACAAACAACAAAAAUUUAAUUGUUUUUAAUUUGUAUAUUUGCUUUGAGUUAAAUUCAGUUACGAAAACUUACCUACGACGAAAGCUAACAUAGACAACUCAUCGCUUACGUUAUGUAUAGGGCCAAAAUAAUGGAACAACAAAAUCGGAAAUAGACAUUGGCAAAUGGAAAUGGGCAUUGGAAAGGUUUGACCUCGGAUCGUAAUCGUAGUAUCGGAGCACAGAAAUAGAGCAAUAGAGUUCAAGGAGAUACCAACUAAUCGUAAUCGUACUUCACACAUAAUACACAAUCACUUGGGCUUGGAGCCCAAACGCCUAGUUGGACUGCUGCUGCUGCUGCUGGCCUUGCUGCUGCUGCGGCGGCUGUCCCUGACUGAAGUAGGGUGCGGUGUUUGGCGUGAGCAGCGUGUGACAGAUAUCACAGACUCGGGCCACUCGCUUCCGUGGUCCAGAUGGCACCGUUUUCGUUAGACACUUAUCGCAGUAGAUGUGGCCGCAGUGCCGGCAAUGGAUCUUGCGCACCAUGACCGUGAAGUAGGCAUUGCACGUGGGACAGUUGUUCACAUCGUCAUCGUCCU